AGACGUACCUGAUAUUCCUGAGGAUGUAUGGCCCAGAGGACACGGAGCCCUGGUUGAAAGUUGCCACGUGCCUCAACCUCUGGGACAUGGACAGCCGUGGUGACCACCAUGGUAUCUGGCGCUUCUGGUACAACGGAAACCACAUCAUGGUGCUCGGAGUGCCUUUCUCUAGACUCUCGGCGUUCGCUGUCAACAACAAGGAUGACGUGACGGUCUUCGGGGGCAAACGGAGCAAGGCCAUGCGGGUGGCCGGCCGGUGGCCGCCUGGGAUGCGCCGUGACAGCACGGCGGACAGGCAGCGCCGCAUGCGGCUGUCGGCCGCCGCGCUCCGCAUCAACCCCGCCUUCAUCUCCGAAGUGACCGAGAACAGCCGCGCCUGAUGACGCCUCUCGUCCGCCUUCAUCUCCGAAGUGACCGAAAACAGCCGCGCCUGAUGGCGCCUCUCGCCCGCCUUCAUCUCCGAAGUGACCGAGAACAGCCGCGCCUGAUGACGCCCCUCGCCGAACGGCCUCCCAGCCGAACCGCCUCAACAGCCGAUCCCAAAGCUCGAAAUCCAUCUGGCCGAUCCGAGGAAGUCAAGCUGAAGAUGGGCGCAUCUGGUAGCAGCUGCUCUGGGGACAGGAGCUCUUGAGGUCGACCCAGCGGAGUCAGACCCUCCCUUCCAAGACCCUUCCCACGGGAAGCCGGCUGUCUCUGGGAACAGCUACUUUGGAAGAGAAGCCCCUGCGCGGAUACGGCUGACACCACCAUCAGCUGAAGCGACCACAUCCUGCGAGCCUGGCCCCGAGGGCUGCCGCUCCAGAAAUACACCACGUUA